GCGGAACUCAGUACUUUUGCUUCUGCAGGUGACACUGCCUAGGCUAGAGCCGUAGAGCCGGUGUGUGUUGCCGGGCGGAGCCAGUAGGGGCAGGACUGCACCGGGCGUCAGCUCCGCCCAGCUAUCCUAGAGCAGGAGGAUAAAGUCAAAGCAGCUCUCCCCGGAGGACAGUGGACUCAGCCGCUGGCACCAGCACCAUGCCUAUGACGCUGGGUUACUGGGACAUCCGUGGGCUGGCUCACGCUAUCCGCCUGCUCCUGGAAUACACAGACUCAAGCUAUGAGGAGAAGAGAUACACCAUGGGCGAUGCUCCUGACUAUGACAGAAGCCAAUGGCUGAGUGAGAAAUUCAAGCUGGGCCUGGACUUUCCCAACCUGCCCUACUUAAUCGAUGGGUCACACAAGAUCACCCAGAGCAACGCCAUCCUGCGCUACAUUGCCCGCAAGAACAACAUGUGUGGGGAGACGGAAGAAGAAAAGAUUCGUGUGGACAUUUUGGAGAACCAGGCUAUGGAUGUCUCCAAUCAGCUGGCUAGAGUCUGUUACAGCCCAGACUUUGAGAAACUGAAGGCUGAAUACUCGGAGCAGCUGCCUGGAACGAUGAAGCUCUUCUCACAGUUCCUGGGGAAGCAGACGUGGUUUGUUGGUGAAAAGAUUACUUUUGUGGAUUUCCUUGCUUAUGAUAUCCUAGACCUGCACCUUAUAUUCGAACCCAAGUGCCUGGAUGCCUUCCCAAACCUGAAGGACUUUGUGGCCCGCUUUGAGGGACUGAAGAAGAUCUCUGCCUACAUGAAGAGUGGCCGCUUCCUCCGAACGCCUCUGUAUACAAAGGUGGCCACGUGGGGCAAUAAGUAGGGCCUUGACGGGGCCGGAGAUGGAAACCUGGGGCUCUGGGAACAGUGGAACUUCCUGUGGCCCUGGCACUUCCUUCUUCUUCCUGUCCCCUUCCUGAUCCCAGAAUGCCCUGGGUCCUCUUCUCUCUCACCCAGUCCCUGCCCUCUCAAGCCCUUUAAAGCCGAGACUCCCCGUUUUCCUUCAGCAAGUGCCCUUCUAGCGGGACUGUCCUGCACCCACUUGAUGGUCUUGCCUGUCAUUUGCUGUGAUGUGAAGAGCUGGGACUCGCCCUCAGAGCUCAGCCUGGGCUCCCCGUGCCUGUCAGGAGGCUGGAGAUGCCUCAUGUAUGAGGGCGCUGCCCGGCCAUGUCAGGUACCUGCUGUUGGGCUUGAACCACACUGGCCCUGGCUGCUACACUGCCAGCUUUCACUGCUGCCCCAAAGACUGCCUCGAGGCCUGUUCAGAGGCCAAGUUCACAGGGAUUCUGGUUGGAUAAGCAGGGGUUUGGGACUUCCUGACUCCAUCUGAUAGUGUCACAGCAGGCAGCUGCAGGAGGCUAUGUGUCACUUAAAGGGAGCCUUUUGGGGCUUGGGGUCUCCUGUACUCUAGCAUUACUGAGGCUUAUCAUACAGGUCUCAGGGGUGAGGACCCAGGCUGGUGGGAGUCCCUAGCAGUAAACCAGAAUCCCCUCUGCUUCCCAGUACUAUGGCUGCAUUUUUUUUUUUUUUUUUUUUUUUUUUUUUUGGUUUUU